ACACAGAGAAAGAGCAAGAACAGACUAAGAUGGAGCUUCAUGACUACCAGUGGGAGGUGAUUGGCCCAGCUUUGGAGGGCAAGAACAUUAUAAUCUGGCUUCCUACUGGCGCUGGCAAGACAAGGGCGGCACUGUAUGUGGCAAUGAGGCACCUGGAGAUGAAGCGCAACGCAAAAGUGUGUCUCAUGGUUAACAAGGUCCAUCUUGUAGAUCAGCACUUCAGCAAUGAGUUCCAUCCCCAUCUCAAAGACAAGUACAAGGUUGUUGCCAUCAGCGGGGACACCGAGCACAAAUGUUUUUUUGCGGAACUGGUGCAGAAUAAUGAUGUCAUCAUCUGCACGGCCCAAAUUUUGCAGAAUGCGCUGAGCAGUAGCAGUGAGGAGAUACACGUAGAGCUGACAGAUUUCACCCUGCUGAUCAUUGAUGAGUGUCACCACACACACAAAGAUGGCGUGUACAAUAAACUAAUGGAAGGUUACCUCGAGAGGAAGAUUACACAGAAGGGAAAAUUGCCUCAGAUCCUGGGACUCACCGCUUCCCCUGGAACAGGACGAGCAACCUCCUUUGAAAAAGCUGAAGAGCACAUAUUGCAGAUCUGCGCUAACCUUGACACUUGGAGAAUAAUGUCAGCAGAAGUCCAUCGUGAGGACCUUGAAGCCAAAGCCAAACAACCCAAUAAGCAAUAUGAUCUUGUAACAGAAAGGCCUAGGGACCCCUUUGGAGACAAGCUGAAGGAGCUCAUGAAAACCAUCCAUGAGUAUCUGCGUACAACAGAUUUCUGUGAAAGCGACUUUGGCACUCAGUUGUAUGAGCAGAAAGUGGUUGAACUGGAAAAAGAAGGAGCUGUCGAGGCCAAUAGGAUGAAGCGGACAUGUGCCUUGCACUUACGCAAGUACAACGAUUCCCUACUCGUACAUGACACAGUGAGAAUGAUGGACGCAUACGAACUCUUAGAUGACUACUACCAGCAAGAGAAAGUCAUUAGAAAACAAAACGACCCAACUGAUGCCUUCCUCAUCCAGUUAUUUGACGGUAACCGAGCAAGGUUGUUGGAGCUGGCACAAGACGUACGAUUUGAAAACCCCAAGCUUAGAAAGCUAGAAGAGAUACUGAGAGAUCAAUUCCAGUUCUCCUCUGGGUCUCGUGGCAUCAUCUUUACUCGCACACGGCAGAGCACUCACUCUCUGCACAACUGGAUUUCUAGCAAACAUUCGUUCCAGAUCAUGGGGGUCAAAACAGCACCUUUAACUGGAGCAGGGUACAGCAACCAGAGCAAGCACAUGACACAGAACGAACAACGCGAGACUAUUGAGAUGUUCCGCAAAGGGCAGCUCAACCUGCUUAUCUCCACUAGUGUUGCCGAAGAGGGUCUCGAUAUCCCACAGUGCAACAUUGUUGUGCGUUAUGGGCUGAUGACCAAUGAGAUUUCCAUGGUCCAGGCCAGGGGCAGAGCAAGACAUGAGGACAGUUGCUAUUCUUUUCUGGCAAAGAUCGGCGGGAAAGAGAUUCGAAGGGAAGAAACCAAUGAGACUCUUGAGGGACUAAUGAAACGGGCCAUUGAGGCUGUACAAAGAAUGCCAGAACAGGAGUAUCAGAAAAAGAUAAAAGAACUGCAGGAGGAGUCGGUUAUUACACGCAAGGUUAAGCAAGCGAAGAGAGAUCAAAAACGGAACACAUUCUACCCUGAGCAAGUGCGCUUCUACUGUAGGUGCUGUAGUCAAGCUGUUGCACAUGGAGAUGAUUUUCGGACAAUUGAAGGCACCCAUUAUGUCAACAUCAACUCUGAUUUCCGGAUUUACUAUGAAGUCUGCUCUCCACCUCUUGAUUUUGGAAAAAAGAUGGUGGACUGGACUCCAGGAGGAAAGAUCCGAUGCCUCUGUGGACAGGAUUGGGGUUUUGAAAUGAUCUACAAACAUGUGAAUUUUCCUGCUAUCUCCGUCAAGAACUUUGUGGUUGAAACACCAGAGAUCAAGAGACCCUACGCUCGGUGGAAGGAUGUUCCUUUCCCAGUGGAUGAGUUAAACUAUGUUCAGCACGUGAGGAUUCAUCCUGAACUCUUGGUUCAUUUUGAGGACUGAGAACGCUUGUUCUUUCAAACACCUUUUUGCUCUUCUUGCACUUUUCGGUGGAGUCUUCUCCUUCUAUUACCAGGCCCAGAUUGGUGUUGAGGCCACAAAAUAUUAGGGGCAGCAUGGCACCCAGCAUCUUUCUGAGGAGCACUGGGGGGGGCGCUAGGACUGCGUGGCCAGGCACUAGGACCUCACGGCCCAGGGGUCGCCAGCACAAGAAAUCCAGCCCCGACUAUUACUAUCAUUAUUAUUAUUAACACAUUAUAAAUGAUACAAGAGGGCCCUGCUCGAUAGAGCUUACAAUCCAAAGGAGAAGGGGUAUGAGACAAAAGGUAUAGGGAUGGGCAAGAUCAGGAGAGCAUUGCAUUUAGCAGUUGGUAGUACUAUAUAGUAUAUACUGAAGGAUCCAACAAGAGAUUGAUCCAACAACAGGUCCUAUCAGAAAUGGCAGGAUGGGUAGCCCUGGGCAGAAAGACUGGGAGAAACUUUUAAAGGAGACAUUUUAUAUACUCAUUUAGAUAUAGAAGAAUUGUGCUUUAAAAAGUAGUGUUUCAGGCCGAUACCCCUAAGAAUCCCUCCCUUCUCUUCCACUUGCUGCUCCCUGAAUUCCCAGGCUGUGCACUCAGCUCACUGCACUGUAGGACAGGAACCAAUCAGCAGCUAGCAGGACCUGAUAGGGAACUGAAGCCUGUCUGUGACUGCAGGGCUGUGAUUGGCUGUCCCCCUCCUACUGUGCUUCUAGUAGGGACCGUUAGGACUCACCCACCCCUCAUUUGAAACAGGGACCAGUGAACAUCUAUAGGGAGCUCCAAUUUAUAAAGAUAAUAUUACCUUUAUACUGAUUAAUAAACCUGCUAGCUGCUACAACCAAUAAUGUUUUCAUGAUUCUCCUCAAUACAUUUUCUAAAAAAGCGUGGAGUAAGUUGGGCCCUAGGCCAGUGUUUUUACGAACAUGCCUCCAGCUUAGACGCUUGGAAUAUCACAUCUAUAUUUAUAUUUAACUUAAAGUUUACUCAGAAUGUCAUGUGUGUGUUGAGUUGGCCGAUUAUUUCAGGCUCAUUCAGGACAUAAGGGAUGUUAUCAAUGAAUUAUAGAUACACAGUCAACACACAACACUGGAAGACAGGAGAAAACAAUGGACAACUUGAGAAGAAUAACAACAAGCAAUGAAAUGUAUAAUUCAUAAUCAAUUACAAUUUGUUUUUAACAUAGAAUGACCAGAAUCAGAGAAGCACAAUUUGAAUAUGUUGAUUCCAUGUUAUAAAGGAUAAUGUAGGCAGACCAUUGUCCUGGUCAUAUAGAUUGUUCUAGGGGUCUUUUAUGUCUGUAAUAAAGUUUCCUUCUCUCAUUAAACAACUUGGACUUGAA